GUGGAGGAGUUUAACUCCUAUUGAUUUCAUAAUGGUCUCUGCUUUUCCACGAGGUAUAUUUGAGUGACCUACAUAGAGUAGAGGACUGAACAAACAAAUUGGCCCUCUUGAAGAAUGGCCAAAUUUUGGGUGAAUGGGGAAUGAAUGUGAUAUUACUACUGGUGUUGAAUUCAGUUAAAAAACUAUCAGUUACAGAAGUGGACAGCUAUGGGAGACAGUGAAGAUGAUGGUCUCAUGCUGAAUUUGAAUCAAGAUUUUAACUCCUUGGAUAAUGAUGGUAGCAGUAAAAAGAAAAGCCGCAGAAACAGCAAAACCAGACAUAGUAAGGCAAAGGUCUACAACAAAAAAGAUAAGAAAAAGGCUGAAUUUCCUAGAAGGGAGCAUAUAAAUAAAGACAGCAAAAAAGUUGGAUCUGAAAAAGGAAAAAAUUUUCUUGCCUCAUCACAUAGUGAAAAACAACAUACAGAGAAACCUUCAGAAUUCAUUUCUUCACUUUUUAGCAGCAACCCUGAAAUUCCUGAUGUCCCAGAUGAAAAGUGCCAAAGCAAACAAGAAUAUGAAUUGUUCUCUGAAAAACAUAUGACUGAAACAGAGCUUUCAGAACGGCUGAUGAAAACAUUAAAGGAAAGAUUAGGGAUUGAACAACUAACAAAGGUACAAAAGGAAACAAUUCCAGCCUUUCUAUCAAAAUCGGAUGUUCUAAUAAAGUCACCAACUGGCUCUGGAAAAACUUUAGCCUAUGCAUUACCACUUCUACAACGGUUGCAACAAAUUGUACCCAAAAUCAACAGAUCAGAUGGGCCUUAUGCCAUGGUCCUUCUCCCCACACGUGAAUUGGCUUUGCAAAGUUAUGAAGUUUUUGAUAGUCUUUGUAGAGCUUUUGUGUGGAUUGUCCCAGGGUUGAUUGUUGGUGGUGAAAAAAGAAAAGCAGAGAAAUCAAGGAUACGAAAAGGUAUCAACAUUAUAGUAGCCACGCCAGGCCGCUUAUUAGACCACCUUGUGACAACAAAGAGCCUGUCAUUGAAAAAUCUUCUAGUUCUAGUAUUUGAUGAGGCAGAUAGAUUGCUUGAUAUGGGGUUUCAACAGACAAUUUCUAGCAUUCUUUUACAUAUCAAAAGUCAAUGUGAUAGAAAGUUACAAGCAGCACUUCUCUCUGCUACAUUGAAUUCGAAAGUUCAAAGUCUUGCAAGUAUUACUUUGGCAGAUCCAGUUUUGAUUGAUACUGUGGAUGACUCACACAAAGAAAAGUCUAAAAACAUAGCUGAAAAUGAUUUGACAUCAACAAACCAAAGUGAGAAUGAAAUCUCAACUCAGGAGGACAGUAUUGCUGAAGGAAAGACUUUUCUUGUACCAGAUACUCUGAAACAAUAUUUUAUCAUUGCCCCUGCAAAGUUGAGACUUGUUUCCCUAAUGGCUUGCUUGCUAAAAUUUGGAUUUCAAGAUGAAAAUGGGAAGGUUAUUGUCUUCUUCUCCAGCAAAGUAUCCACUGAACUUCAUAGCCAGCUGCUGGACAGUGAACCUAUGAAAGAGCUUGUUUCAACAGAUUUGUCUGAUGUUUUCAAGCUACAUGGGGAUAUGAAGUCAAGUGAAAGGAAAGAUAUUUUCCAGAAAUUCAAAAAGAGUAAAAAGGGAAUAUUACUCUGCACUGAUGUAGCAGCACGAGGCCUUGAUCUUCCCUUUGUAAAGUGGAUUAUUCAAUACUCUUGUCCAACCAAUAUCCAGGAUUACAUACACAGGGUUGGUCGAACGGCAAGAAUAGGGGCACAAGGAGAGGCCUUGCUGUUUUUGUUGCCAUCUGAAGCUAAAUAUAUCUCUACUUUGGCAAAAGAAAACAUAUCCAUGCAGAAGUUAGGCCUGUUUGAUGUUUUAAAGCAUUUGAAUCCACAAAGCAAGAAAAAAAUAAACCAGAGUAUCAUUCAAGUUGCAGCAACUGAUCUACAGAACAAGCUGGAGAGUCUUGUAACUGGAAAUAAUGAGCUUAAAAGUGCUGCUGAGAAUGCAUUCAGGUCUUAUAUUCAGGCAUAUGCUACCUAUCCAGCAUCAUUGAAAGAAAUUUUUCAUGUCAAAAGGCUCCAUCUUGGUCAUGUUGCUAAAUCUUUUGCACUAAGAACCGCACCACAACAAAUGAAGAAACUACCAAUCAUGCAAGACACAACAACUAAGAAAAAAGAUAAGAAAGAUAGACUGCGUGGUAAAAAGAGAAAUGCAGUUGAUAUGAGUGAAAGCGGAGGAGGUGUUGUUAAAAAUGGGCCACGACCUGGCGGAAAAAAGUUUAAAAGGAGAAAAUAGCAAGAAGUUUAAGUUUUUUGUUUACACAACACUCAGUAUAUAUCCUGUAUACUUUGUAUGUUAUAAUGAUUUUGAUAAUAAGGAAUUGUCAGUUAUGGUU